AUGGAUAGUAAAAUAAUUUUAAGAAGAUCAUCAAGAUUAAUUCAACAUAAUACUGAACAAAAAAAUAUAAGUUAUGAAUCUACAGAACAAUUGAAGGAAAAUGAUAUAAGUCAAAGGAAAGAUAAAAAAAAGAAAAAAAAUGUGAAUGAUAUAGAUGAUCAUAUUAUAAGCACUGAUGAGAAUGACUCAUUAGAUGAUAGUGAUUAUAGCGAAAGUGUCAAUGUAGACGAUGAUGAUUAUGAUGAAUCAUUUAAAGAGAGAAAAAAAAAUGAAGUUAAUAAUAAAGCAAAAGAUGGAAAUAAAAAAAUUGUUCAUUAUUCCAGAAAUAAUGAAAAUAAUGAUUAUUCAAAUGAAAAUUCCCCCAAUAAUAAGAUAUAUAAAAAUAAUAAUUUGAAAAAUAUCAGUUACAUAGAUAAAUUAAAUGAAAAUAUAGAUGAUGAAGAUUUUGAGAUAUUUAAAAGAAGUAAAUUUGAUAGAAAUAAAAGAAUAUCUACUGCAAAUAGGACAAAUAAUCAGACAGACAUAAAAUUAAAAAAAAGAAAAAGUGUUUAUGUUGAAUCAAGCAAUAGCGAAGAUUCAAGUGAGAGUGAUGAUGAAUACACAAACGAAAGUACUAGACCUUCGAAAAAAUUUAAAAAAAAUGACAAAAUGAAAAAUAAUAAGAUAGAUGCAAAAUUUCAUAAAAAUUUUGAAGAUUUUAAUUUAUAUGAAAAAAUAAAAAAAAAUCCUAAAAAUUUGCAUGAAGUAAUUGAAGAAAUAUAUUAUAUUUUAUUUAAUAAAGAACAAAAUGAAAAAGUUAAAAUAUCUACUUUUUUUUUAAAUUUUUUAGCUGAAUGUUCAGGUAAUGAUACCUUAACAUGGACUAUUGAUAUAAUUGAUUAUAUAGAUAAACAGAUAUAUUUAUAUGAGGAAAUUUCUAAAAACAAAUCUGAAGAGUUGUUUUCAAGUAAUAGACUAAAAGAUAUCAGUACUAAUGAAAUUAUAACACCAUCAACAGCAAAAUCUAAUAGCAAAAUAACUAAUAUAGAUGAAAUAAUAAAAGAUGAAAAUAAUUUUGAAAAAGUAUGUACCUUUAAGUGUGAAAAAUUAGAGCAGUACUUAACUACAGAUUUAGAUAAUGAUGUGCUAAUAAAAAAAAAAAAUGAGAAUAACAAGUCAUAUAAAGCGUUCUCUAAUUUUUUUUCUGAUUUUUCUUUUCAUUUUGACGAAAAUUAUAUAUAUGAAAUACUAUAUAUAUGCAUAUGGAUAUUUUCAUUAAGUGUAAGUAAAUACAGGAAAAUUAGAUUUACUUCUUCACUGGCAAGUUUUUCUAUAUUACUAGGUUUAUGCAAAAAAAUUAAUUAUAUUAAUAACCAUGAAAAACAAUCAAGGAAACAAUUAUUAGCAGAAUAUGUUAGAGAAAUAAAAAAUAAUAACUCUAUGAUGACUAAAAGAGGUAGUAGCAUAAUUAAUAAUAGAAAUACAAAAGAUAUUGAUCUUGAAGAGAUUAUUCAUUUUAAAAAUACUAAUAAUGAAGAGAUUAAUACUAUUAUACACAGAAAUUUAAUUAUUAGCCAAUUAAUUGAUAACAUCAAUGAAGAUAGAAGAAAUUUAACCAUAUUGAAUAAUUUUCUUUUAUGCACUUAUAAUAUUCUAUAUAAAAAUAAAAUAAAAGAUGUAUUUAUUGACAUCAGAGUAAUAACUCUGGAAUAUUUUUAUAAUUAUUUAGAUAUUUUAACAGCAUAUUUUACUAAUAGAAAAUUUACCAAACUGUUAAUAUGGAUAUUAUAUGAUAAAGAUAGUAAAGUAAAGAUGUGCUGUUUAAAUAUUUUAAUUUAUCUAUGUAAUCAUUACAAUAUGAGUACAAAUAAGAAUUUAAAAAUUGUUGAACUACUAUAUAUUUCAAAAAAGAAAUUAUUAAAUUUAAUUUUUGAUAAUGAUUAUAAUGUUAGAAUAAAAACAUUUGAAUUAAUAUUAGAAAUGAGCAAAAUGCAAAUUAGAAAGAGUGAUUUAAUAAAUUUAAAAAGACACACGAAAUCUAUUAAUACGAAUAAUAAGGAAGUUAUUUCAUCUGAUUAUGAUGAUACUACAGAUACCUCUUGUUCUGAAGUAAAAAAAAAUGAUAAUUUAUCUUUAGUUUAUGAUUGCGAUAAUAACAAAGAACCCGAUGAUACUACUAGCAUUUUAUCUAAAAGGGAAAAAAAAAUCGUUAGUAAUUUAAUAUGGUUCAAUAAUAAUAAUAAAAUAUCUAAAAUUAUUACUUCUUUAAUUUAUGAAUCCCAAAUAAAGCAUAAAAUUAAGAAAAAUGAUAAAAAGAAAAAUAAUUAUUUUGAUGUAGAUCAGGAUGAUAUAAAUAAUGAAAUAGUUAGAUAUAAUAUAAUAUAUUUAACCAAAUAUUUGAAUAAAAAUAUUCCUACCGUUAAAAAUUUUAUUCAUUAUUUUGAUUAUUUAGCAAAUUAUAAUGAAAACAUGAAGUUGUAUUCAGUAAUCGAUAAAUUUAUUAUAGGAAUUAGAGAGAAACUUGAUUCAAUAAAUAAUAUUGAUAUUAUAAUUGAAUUGUUAUGUGAAGAAGAUACUACAUCAUAUAAUUUAUGUCAAAAAAAAAAAAAAAAUAGCAUUAAGAACAAAAAUAUAAGUACAAAAGAUAGUAGUGAAGAAGAAAGAAAAAAUGAUACCGAUGAUGAAAACGUGAAGAAGAAAAAAAAAAACAAAGAAAAUGCAAAAGACAAUGAUAAAAAUUAUAGCAAAUCACAUAAUUUAAAUAAUGAUCCUAAUAAAUAUAAUAUGGGUUAUGAUUUGAGGAAAUGCUUACUUCAUAUUUGUGAAUCAUCCUACAAAAGUUUUCAAAAUGAUAUAAAUGAAUUAGAAAAAAAUAAGAAUAAAAAAAACAUUUUAUCCAGUAGUAUAACUGAUAAAAAUAUUCAUAAUAUGAAACUAAACAGUGAUACUAAUAAAAUUAAAAAAAUGAUAAUUUACACAUUUCAUAUUAUAAAAAAUAGCAAACUACUAAUAAAAUUGUAUCAAACAAAUCAAGAACAUUUAUUAUUAGUUUAUAAAAUUCUAAAAAUUGCAUUAUAUGAAUGUAAACAUAUAUAUAAAAAUGAAGAAAAAAAUAAUAUAUAUAAUUUUUCAUCUACAAUUAUGGAAUAUUUUAGAAACGACAUAGAUAGUAAUAUUAACUUUUUUUUUAAUAACGUUUUUAUUUAUUUAAAAGAAACAUAUGAAUAUUUAUUUUAUUUACUCAAAAAUUUUAAAUUACCGUAUUAUUCAACUAAAUAUACUAUGAAUAUGAUAUCUCUAUUUUUAUCUUUAAAUGAAUCAUUUAAAAAUACUAAUAAAUUAUCAAGUGAUUUAUUUUUUGAUUUGUACUAUACAUAUUUUGAUAACUUUCUUAGUAGCUUUCAAUAUUAUCGUAAGAAAUAUAAUACAGAAAUAGAGUACGACGAAGAAGAAGAAUAUAUAGCAAAUAAAAAAAACAAAGUAAUUAUUAUAAAUGAUAAUUUACUUAAUAAAGACAAAAAUGUAAUAGAUUCUAUUGAAAAUGAUUUAAUUAACAAUAUUACUACUUUAAUUCACCUUUAUACUUUGUGUUUUAAUUAUAUUAAUAAUGAUUUAUCUAACUAUAGUAAAAAAAAUGAUAUAAAAGUAGAUAGAAACAUUAAAAAAUUUAUAGAACAGGAUUAUUUUAAGUUUAUUGUUAAUGAAAAAUAUCAGCUAUUCCUUAAAGAAAAUAUUUAUUUAAAUGAAUUUUUUGAUGAAAAUAAAAUGGCUUAUUAUGACAAACAUUAUUUACAAAAUAAUAGUGAAGAGGAUGAUCAAAUAGGAGAAAAUGAAGAAGAAGAAAAUGAAGAAGGAAAUGGAGGUGAAGAUGAAGAUGAGAAUGAAAAAGAAGAUGAUAAUAAUAUAAUAAAAAAUAAAAAAUUUAAAAAGAAAAAAAAUUAUAUAAAUAAUGAAGAUGAAAAUAUAUUCAAAAAAUUAAACAAUAAAAUAAAUAAAAAUGAAAAUAUGCAUUAUAAACAAAACAAUAGUCAUAAUUUGUAUUAUUGCUCAGAUGCUUGUGUGCAUGCUAAUAUAAUAAUACAUUUGUGCUUUUAUUUAAUAAAAUCUAAAAUUAAUUCUAUAUAUUACUAUGGAGAAUCUCUUAAUACUCCAUCAUCCAGAUUGAUUUUAUUGUGUAUUGAUCAAAUAUAUAUAAUAUAUGAAAAUUAUAUUUAUCAUUUAUGUAGAAAAAGAUAUUUUUUUAACUAUAUACAUGAUUUUUUCUUAAAAAAUUGUUUAAAAGAAAAUGAAAAUUUGGACAGAAGUAAUGUAAUAGACAAUACAAUUACAGAAAAAGAUACUAACGAAAAAAAUGAUAUAAAUGCAGAGAAUAAAAAAAGGAACGAAGAAGAAAAAGAAAAUAAAGAUAAUCAAACUAAAGAAGAAGAAAAAAAAAAUAAGAAUAAUAAUAUAAAUUUAGAAGAUUUAAAAAAUUUGCAUAAUAUAAAUAGCAAAAAAAAAAGUAUAUUAAGAAAUUUGUUUCUAGAGUUAAAUUAUUUGUAUCAAAACGUAAUAACAUUAAGAGAUGACUUUAAUGAUUUAUUAAUAUUUUUAAUUAGAGUUUCUAAUAAUACUAUAUUAAAAUACGGUACAUUUUUAAAUUUAAUGAAUGUGGCACAAUUAGAAAAUGUGAUUUUAUUUUCAUUGGAUGAUUUAAAAAGAUAUAAAACAUUAGAACUAUUUUUAAAUAAAAGUGAUGAAGAAGAUGACAUCAAAGAUUUAAAAAAAAUUGCUGAAAAGUAUCUAGAUGUAAAUGAGGAAAUUAAUAAAUAUAAAAAUGUUGCGAGAUAUGUUUACAAAGAGGAUAAUGUUCUUUUUAAUUUUGUUACAGAAUUGUUCAAAAAUGUAGAAAAUAUAAAUAAUGAUAAUUAUAAUUUUGUUAAUUCCUUUUUAUCUAUUGAUAUAAGUGUAUUUUUUCCAAUAAACACAUACACCUACAUUUCUGAUAUGUGUAAAAUAUAUAAUAAAGAUGAAUUAAGUGAAAAUAAAAAAAUUUUGGAAAUGCAAUACAUGCAUAUGACAUUAAUAAUAGCUCAAUUUAUUUUAAAUUGUAACAAUAUAAAUAUUUUUAACAGUUGUUUAGGAGUGUUGUUGCUAAUACAUCUUAAUGUUAAAAAUAAAGGACUAUCUUCCAUUGCUUUAAACUUUCAUAAUAAAUUAAAAAAAUAUAACAUAGAUAUUUUUUAUGAAGUACUUUUAUGUGCAUUAAUUGGUUUAUACACAGCUUACAUUAAUAAUGCAUUAGAAGAAAAAGAUUUAUUAUUAUUUAGCACUUCUAUAGCUAGUAGAUUAGGAGUAAAAAUAAUAGAGAAGCAAAAAUUACCCUUAUGUAAAUUUAUUCAUUCUUGCGUAAAUUGUGCUUUGAAUUUAAAAAAUCAAAAUUCUUUUUUAAAAUAUAUUUUACCUUAUGCUCAGAAAUUGAAUCUUUCUGAUUAUCAACUUAAUUACCUAAAAAAACAAAUUAUAAGCUUAAUUCAGUCAUAUAAUAUAUCCAAUAACACAUCAGUAAAAUAUGAAAAUAGUAUAUUUGAGCACAUGAUACUUAUCAUAUGUAAAAAAAGAAAAUUAACUGAUGAAUAUAAGGAUUCUAACUAUGAAAAUUCAUACAUGAACUUAAAUGAAAGUAUACAUAUGAAUAUAAGUAAAAAUAUAUCCAAUAUGAAUAAAAAUUCAGAGGAAGUUACUAUUAAAACAAGGAAAAGUGUAAUAGAAAUGAAUAAAAAUAUUGAAAAUAGUGAAGAAAUAAAUAAUGUCGAAGAGCAGCAAAUAAAUCUUCAUCAAAAUAAAAAGAAUGCACAAAAUAACAAAAAUUAUACAGAAGGAAAAGGCCAAAACACUAACGAAAAUGAUGACAUACUUCAUGGUAAUAAUGAUAAUAUAAAAAAUAAUAGAAAUAUUUAUAAGGUUAAAAAAGAAAUUACAAAUGAUGAAGUAGAAGAUAAUGAUAUCGAACAUAUAUAUAAUGAUAUUAACAAUGAUAAUAAAAAAAAGCAAGAUGAAAAAGAUAAAAAAGAAAGCAUUGUAAUUGAUGAAGAAAAUGAAAAUAAAAAAGAUUUAUCUGAAUAUGAAAAAACUCCUUCUAAUUCUACCUUAAGUAAUUUCAUCAGUUUAAAUGAAAAUGAUGAUAAUGUAAAUCUUAUUGAUGAAAUGAAAUAUGAUAAUAAUACAAUUGAAAGUAAUAAUAAAUCUAUAUAUAUAAUUAAUUCUAGCCCUAAGCCUAUAAGAUCAAAAAAAAACACGAAAUUACGCUUAAUUACUAAAAAAGAAUUAGAUACAAAUAUUAAUGAUGGAUUAAAUAAAUCGUUAAAUGUUUAUACAAAAAAUUCGAUAGAUAAUUCUUUAAAUAGCUCCUUAAAUAAUGUUAGUGAUAAAGAUAAUGAUGAAAUAUCUAUCAUAUCAGAAAAAAAGGAUAAAAUAAAUUAUUUUGUAGACAAUGAUGAUGACUCUAAUUCAGAUAUUAUACCUGGAAUGUCACCUAUUAAAGUGAAAAAAAGAAAAAAAAGUGAAUUAUCAACUCCUAUUUCAUACGCAGAUGAUUUAAUGAAUUUUUAA